AUUUCCUGCUCAAGGCUGGGCAGCUGCAGUAGUCCCAGGCCAGAGACUGGGGGGUGGACGGCUGGGCUCCGGGCCCAGGAAGAACCCAAGACUGGACCAUGGACCAUGGCGGCAGCGACCCCAGUACCAGGAUGUCUUCAGAAAACAAGAGAAUCUGUGACAUUGCACUCAGCCUCUUCAAAAAAUAUAAGGUGGCGAUUUCUGAUGCAAUAAACACAACAUUUCCUUUCCUUGAAUGUCUCCGUGACCAUGGAUUCAUCACCAAUGAAAUAUACAAAGAGUCUGAAGAAUCUUUUAAAAUGUCGGAUUCUAAACAAAGAGUCAUAUACAAGGUUCUCAACGAAGUAGAGAAGACAUUUGACCUAUCCUUUCUGGGAACAUUGUUUAGCGAUGUCAUCAUGAAGAAAUAUCCUGGUUUAAAUCGAAUUUAUAAAAUGUUCACAAAAGUGAUACCAGACCUAGACUUACACCUAGAAAAAGAUGAGAAAGAAGAGGAAGAUAGGCCUGAUGGCCUUGAACAAGUGAACAUCAGUGAGGACUCUACAGAAUCCAAUGAUGGAGACAAGCUCCCCAAAGCCUGCACCUCAGCGUUGAAAAGGAGCAUGGGUACCGUGGAUCUUGGAAACAGCUCUGCUUUAGAAAAGACCAAAAAAAAAAAAAGGACAAAGCAUAGCACCAAUAAGAGUGUGAAUUUUCAUGAUGAAAUACUUCCUGUGACCUGUGGGAAAUCAUCGGGGAUGUUAAUUAAGAGAAAAUUGGAACGAGGAGUCACGAUGAAGUGCAUAAGAAGCGAUGAUGGAAACUGGUUCAGCCUCAGGGAACUGGAAAUCAGAGGAGGCUACGAAAAUGCAAAUAAUUGGAAGAACAGUCUGCGCUGCGAUGGGAUACCCCUAAAAAAGCUGAUAAUGGAAGGAACACUACCUCCACCUCCAAGAGCAGCCGGUAGAGGAAAAGCGGAAAACUCAGAAAAAUGCCGGAUCUGCCAGGAUGAAGGGAAGCUCUACUGCUGCAUCGCUUGUUUGGGCUUCUUUCAUGGGAACUGUCACCUUCCGCCUGUGGAGUCGGAGAGGAACCCUUGGAGAUGUACCUUCUGCACAAUACAAAUGGGUCCAAAAAGUCAGAAGUAUUACAAGGAAUCUGAGAUCCUCGGGAGGCUGAUGGGGAGUGAGGAGAAGUUGAAAUGUGACUUCAUCCUCUUAAAGGUCUAUCAGCAAUUAGAGAGCAACGUUUUUCCGAAUAUUCCUCAUGAAAAUUAUUUUGAACAGGCUUCUCGAUGCCUAAAGAAACUUAGGAUGUUGGACAACAUCAAGAAGAAUCUCAUUGAGGGACAGUACCAGCAAGUGGAGGUGUUUGUGCGGGACAUGAACCACAUUUUUCAGGACCCCAGGUGCAAUGACACAGACCUAACAGAGGAUGAAUUUAAGAAGGAUUUUAAAGCAGUCUUCGCUAUUCAGAAACCAAAUCUGAACAGUUCACUGCUGUAGUGGACGCUGUUGGGACCCCGGAAAAUCCCGCUUUCAUGCAGAUUUCUCAUCCCCCAGCUCAGCUGCUUAUGCCACCUCUCCCCAGUGUAUUGCUUUGGACAUAAUAGAGCCUGACUCACCUGAAGUUCCAUCUCUUUGGCCUGCACCAAGGUUGAACCAACCAUGCGGAGUGAUUCACGUUCCUGUGCUCCCCAAGGAAUCAGGCCAGAGCUAUCUGCAGCUAUAACCACUCCCUUGCUUAGCUUUUCCCACCAUGCAUCCCUGCUUCCCUUAUUCUUCCUCCUCCUGAGAGAAUUCUCACAAUAAAUCACUUACUUAAGAGACUUUAUCUCAGGCUUUGCUUUUAGGGAACCCAACUUAAUAUAAUGGUCUUAGCAAGCCAGUCCUAAGCAUGGACUU